AUGGUGAUUCUCUAUUUUAUCACGUUUUUGCCUUUUGUUCUGGCUGGUUCUAAUUGUACACUUCCAAAUUUCUCUGUUGGGGACUUUAAUAUAACAUCAGAGCAGCACUUCAAAGACACUAUGAAACAGGAAGAAAUAUUUUUGCUUGGAAUUUCAGCUAAAUGGUGCACACACUGCUGCCAGAUAGAGCCUAUAUAUGCAGAGGUGUUUGAGGCUCUCGAAAAACUAACUCCAAAGAUAAAAUUCGUUAGGAUUGAUAUGUCAAAGCAUAAUUUCAUUAAAAAACACAUUCCAGGCACGGAUCAAUUACCACUUCUUUAUGUGAUUAAAAGGAAUUAUUAAAUAUGGUGUUUCACCCUAAAACCCUCUCUACCAUUCAUUCUCGUAUACACAUUUAAUUAUAUCCAGUCAAAUUAAAGGUGUCUCGGACGCGGUAAUGCACAAGUUAUUCUAUCCAGUCAAGUAGCGCUAGUUAAACAGAGAAUAGUCUCUACUCUUAUGGCUAGAUUUAAAGGUCUUAGCACUCAACAAAGACUUUUCAAAAUCUAAUUAAUGAUGCUGAUUAAAAAAGGGAAGUUUUAUAGACAUGAAGAUCUUAUGAAAGUAGAAAAUAUUGUGUCCUUUCUCGACAAAAUUUACAUGCCAGUCUCUACUAUCAACUCUGAAGAUGAGCUUGAAGCUUUUUUCGAAGCUCCAAGAGAAAAUAAAAAUUUCUUACGUGUUUUAGGGAUAUUUUACGAAAAUGACGAUAGUGAAGAUUCGCCACUUAAAGAAUAUUACUAUUAAUAUAAAAAACCUACUUUUAAAAAACAAUAAUUAUUAUUUUCCCUAUAGGAUUUAAAAUAAUCGCCAUUCUGAUUAAGUAUUUAAUCUCUUUAACUCAAAUAUGAAAAGACGGCUAUUUCUUUAGCUAAUUGAAUUGGAUCUAAAAUGGGAAUUUUAACAAAUAAAACACUUAUCAAAGAACUCAAAGCCAAAGGAAGUGACGUUGUUCGAUGCUAUAACUGUUUAGCUUUGAAGAAAAAAGAUGCCAAUAUAAAAAUUCUAGAUUUAGAAAUUUCUCAAAACAUUAAGGAAUGGAUUACCACAGCUGGAGUUGGAAUUGUUGAAGAGCUUACUGGGUAUAAUUUUCAGGUUUACAAAGAAAUAGCACUUCCUAUGCUUGUGAUGUUUCUCGAUAAGCAUAACGUUAACCAGGAUUACUAUAUCAAUAUACUUACAAAAGUCGCAAGAGAUUUUGAUGAAGGUAUAAAAUUUGUCUGAAUGGAUGGAACUGAUCCUAUGAUAAAGCAAAGGAAAAAGAAGCUUGGAUUAGUCACUGAAAUUCUACCAAGUAUGGCGUUUAAUGUUCUUGACGAUAGAAUUCUGCCUUAUAAAGAAGGUCAACCUAUUACAGAAUCAAGCAUCAGGCUAUUUGUUUCAGAUUUUAUAGAGAAUCGUCUCGCAUCUAAAAACAUAGCUGACAUAAGGCCAAAUCCUGAGUUGGAGAGCAAGUAUUCAGACACUCCAAUAGUCACUAUGGACGAAUUUGAAGAAAAAGUGCUAUCAGAAGGAACUGAUGUGCUUCUAUUGCUUUAUUCUUCCUACCAAAAUGAAGAUUCUUUAAAUCUUGCCCCAUAUUUCAAUAAAGUUGCCAAGCGUUUCAAAGAACUAAAUUAUCCUCAUGUAAAAGUCUAUAGAAUGGACACCGCUACUCAAACCGUACACAAAAACGUUAAAAUCGAUCAUGUGCCAAUUAUUUAUUUAUUCCCAGCCUAUCACAAAAAUCCACCUUAUGUCCAGUACACAAAUGAAGCCAAAGUUCCUCCAAUGAUGUUCUUUGUCGAGAAAUACGUUGAUAUCAAAUUCCAGUUACCUGAACUUCCCCACCUAAGCCCUGACCAAAUUGGGCCUUAUUGGGAACAAAAAGCACAGUUGUCUCCAGAAAAACAAGAAAGGGUAGCUGCACACAAUGAAAGAAGAAACUGGGAUUUAUAG